UUUCCGGGGGGUGAUGGGAGGGCUUUGGUGUCCGGGAGGGAGGAUCGUGGCCGCGUGUGGCCGGCGCUGGUGCCAGCCUGGGUGGUCGGGCCGGACCGUGGAGGAUGCAGAGCGGGUUCUUAGGCCCGGGUGGGAUGCCCUCGCAGGUGCGGAGCGGGGGCCGAGGCGGCUCGGGACGUGGACGCGCCCGAGCGGGAGGAACCGGGGUCCCGUCCCGCAGCCGCCGAGGCGUCCCGGGAGCAGCAACCCUUUCCAGCGCGCGCAGGAGGACGAGUGGCGCCGGCGGAACAAGACGGUGCUCACGUACGUGGCCGCGGCCGCCGUGGGCAUGCUGGGGGCUUCCUACGCCGCGGUGCCCCUCUAUCGGCUGUACUGCCAGACUACUGGACUUGGAGGAUCAGCAGUGGCCGGGCACUCGUCAGACAAGGUUGAAAACAUGGUACCUGUGAAGGAUCGGAUCAUUAAGGUCACUUUCAAUGCUGAUGUUCAUGCCAGUCUCCAGUGGAACUUCAGACCUCAGCAAACGGAGAUAUAUGUGGUACCAGGAGAGACUGCACUGGCAUUUUAUAAAGCUAAGAAUCCUACUGAUAAACCAGUAAUUGGAAUUUCUACAUAUAAUGUUGUACCAUUUGAAGCCGGACAGUAUUUCAAUAAAAUACAGUGCUUCUGCUUUGAAGAACAAAGACUUAAUCCACAAGAAGAAGUAGAUAUGCCAGUGUUUUUCUACAUUGAUCCUGAAUUUGCAGAAGAUCCAAGAAUGGUGAAUGUCGAUCUCAUCACUCUUUCUUAUACUUUUUUUGAAGCAAAGGAAGGGCACAAGUUGCCAGUUCCAGGCUAUAACUGAAGUAGCUUCCAACACCUGCUUCAGAUUUGUGAUUUUUGGAAAAUCAUGUAUUGUACUUUCUCAGAAGAGAAAUAUUGUACACUAAUGUAUAUUGAAACCUUGUGUUUUAAAUGUUUUUACCUUCCCCAUUUCAUUUCUAUAAUCCACUUAUGACUGAGAGAACAGGUUCGAAACUCGGUCUGUGGUGAAAAGAUGCUGCUAUCCUGUGGUGAUGCUUAAGGAAAUGAAUUAAGUUUUAAGUAAUGGAAUAUGAAUGUUGUCCACUAAGCCUGUGAACAUAUGACUCCCCAGUGUACAACAAUGUGACAGUUAAAGACUGCACUAGGGCCCAGGAGAUGAAUCAGUGGGUUAAAGUGUUUGCCACAGAGGCCUGACAACUUGAGUUCUGAUUCCUGGAACCAGCCUUAAAGGAGUGAAUAUGGUAGCUCACACCUUAAUCCCAGAGUUCUUAAAGUGAGGUGGGAGGUUAAGCCAGGGGGCUCACCUUGCCUUUGUAUGCAUGCUCUGGCUGCCCACACCCAUACAUAAGCUGCUUUAAUAGUUCACCUUAAUUCUAUAGUUGCCUUCUGUAGUGUUAGCCCUUCAUACGUAUAGUAAUGUAUCUGAAAACUUAGAAAAAGAAUGUAUGCCCAACUGUUUUAGUUCAUAGACUGGAACUUAUCACCAAGCAAGGCAGUUGGCCUUCAGUAUAAACCAGCACUGUUUAAACUUUUUAAUACUUAUUUAUUUUGUGAAUGGCACCCGUGCUGUAGCAGAUAGUAUAGUAGUGAGUGCAAAUGCUGUGGGAGAUAGUUUUCUUUUACCAUGAGGGUUUCAGGAAUCCAACUGAGGUUGUCAGACAUGGUAACAAGUGCCUUCACCUGUUGAGCAUCUUUGGCCGAGUCGACAGUUUUAAAAAUUCAGAGUGGAAGAAGAGUCACUAAGCUCUAAGGCUUGCUCCAAGUUUGAAUUCCUAAUCAAGCGUGGCCUUUUCUGUUAAGAUUGAGGGCUAUUUUAUUCAGAGUACUAAAUAGAUAAUGGAAAUGAUGGUAUCAUGAUCUCACAGAAGAAUUACACCUAAUAGUCUGUGCUAGCAUUUACCAUCAUAAUUUCCAAGUUUAUUAUCAUUUAAGAAUGAAAUUGUGAAGACUGACCUAAAAGCUCUUAGAGGUAAAAAACAAACAAAACAAAACAGGAACAACACAACUCUGAGAAAUUAAUAGUAAUUUAAUUUUAAGCGAAUGAUGCACUGUUCUGUUUUCCAGUAGUCUUUGUUUCAAAUCAAAAUGUAAAAUAUAAUAAAAGGCAAAAAUGUUUUAAUAUUAUAAAGAACUAUACUUAAAGGCCACCUGAUACAGUGGCCUACUCAGGCACUUGAAACAUAAUUAAACAAGUCAUCAAGUCUUUAAAGCAGUUCUAAACCAAAGUGUUAUUUAUCAACAAGUGCAAACUGAUUUCUACAUUCAGAUUCAGUUAAAUGAAGGCACUCAUUUUCUUCCUCAUUUCUUGUCCUCAUCUGUUCACAAUGUCUUUCUUGUAGUAAAGUGAUCUACAAGUACCCUUAA